CUGAUCGAAAGCUAAAGCUAGUAGCUUUCUUCACAGAUGGAGGGGUUUUGUCUGCUGUUGAUGUGCUUUGCCUGUCUUAGACUUAGCUUCUGCGCAACAGAUUCACAGGAUGUUUCUGCUCUCAAAUCUCUGGCUAGCCAAUGGAGGAACACACCUCCAAGCUGGAGCAAAUCCAAUGAUCCUUGUGGUGAUGCCUGGGAAGGUGUGCUCUGCUCGGCUUCGAGGGUAACCGGCCUGAGGCUAUUCAGCAUGGGCAUUGAAGGAACUUUGAGCAGUGACAUACAAAGGCUGACAGAGUUGGAAGAAUUAGAUCUUUCAUUUAACCUAAAUCUUGGCGGUCCACUUCCUCCGAGCAUUGGGAACUUGACGAAGCUUAAAACUUUGAGAUUGAUUGGUUGCAAGUUCAGUGAUCAGAUCCCUGAUGAAAUAGGCAACCUACUUAACGUCACUGUGUUAUCACUAAACUCCAACAAAUUCAGUGGUGAAAUACCUGCUUCUCUUGGUAGACUCUUCAAUCUCAACUGGUUCGACCUUGCUGACAAUCAAUUGUCUGGACAUCUCCCAGAUUCAACAAGUCAUUCUUGGGGAUUAGAUCAGCUUCUAAAUACCUCUCAUUUCCAUUUGAACAAGAACCAGUUAUCAGGAUCAAUUCCAAAUAACUUUUUCAGCCUCGACAUGAAAGCUAUACAUAUACUUCUGGACCAUAACAACUUUUCUGGGCCAAUUCCAGACUCCAUAGGUUUUGUCCAAUCACUUGAAGUCCUCCGUCUCGAUAGCAAUUUCUUAUAUGGAACCAUUCCUUCUGGGAUUAGUAACCUCACAUCCCUCAAUGUCCUAAACCUAGCGAACAACAAACUAUCUGGAAUGUUGCCAGACCUAACUGGAAUGACCGCCCUCAACUAUCUGGAUUUAAGUAACAACUCAUUCAGUCAAUCUGUAGCUCCAUUAUGGUUCUCAGAUCUGCUAAAUCUCACAACUCUAAAUAUAGAAUCAGGGAACCUUCAAGGAGAUGUGCCGCAAACAAUCUUUAGUUUUCCCGGGCUUCAACAAGUGAAGCUUGAUGAUAAUGAAUUCACUGGUGAUCUCAACAUGGGUAACAACAUUAGUAGGGAGCUGAAAGUGGUAAACUUUGAGAACAAUAAGUUGCGAUCAGUUACACUCUCUUCCAACUAUAACAAUUCUAUAAUACUUGUGGGGAAUCCAGUUUGUAAUAAUGUUCUGCUACAAGGGACAUCAUAUUGUAAUCUUCAACAAGACUCAACGACUUCUUUCUCGAGCGUUGAUUGCUCAAAUCCUUAUGAAGGCUCAAUUAUUUGCAGAGCACCUUCCUUUAGUGACAUUAGCAAUAAUCUUCAACCAAUGUGGAAUGUAGUGGUCGAUAAUCUUAAUGGCACUCCAGUUGCCUACUCUCUUGGAAGUUAUUUCUUUGAUGGUAAUGCAUAUCUUCAAGUACAGCUAAAAAUUUGCUCUAAAAAUAAAAGAGACUUUACUAGGAGCCAGAUACUGCAAUGGUUUGAUUUGAACAGCCAAAGCCUCUUGCUUCCUGAAAUGUAUGGGCCAUGCCAUUUCAAUCCUUCGCCGUAUGUGUUCCAGAAAAAGGCAAAUCGAUCUUUAGUCAUUGCACUAGUAGCUGGAUCUGUUGCUGCAGCAUUGAUCAUCGCGGGGCUCGGAACCUAUGCAUAUUGGCAGAAAAAGAGAGCUAAAAAGGCCAACAAUCUGAACAACCCUUUUGCAUCAUGGGGCUCAGCUGGUGACGAUGCAGGAGAUGCUCCACAGCUUAAACUAGCAAGAUGUUUUUCUCUAGAUGAAAUUAAAAGGUUCACAAACAAUUUCUCGACAGACAAUGAAAUUGGAUCAGGUGGAUAUGGAAAGGUCUACAAGGGAAACCUUUCAGAUGGGCAGAUAGUUGCAAUCAAGAGAUCUCAGAAGGGUUCCAAACAAGGUGGACUUGAAUUCAAGACCGAGAUCGAGAUGUUGUCCAGGGUGCACCACAAGAACCUUGUGGAACUUGUAGGAUUCUGCUUUGAAAAGGGCGAAAGGAUGCUGGUGUAUGAGUACAUCUCCAAUGGAACUUUAUCUGAUAACUUGUCUGGAAGUAAUGAUCUGAAAUUGGAUUGGAAAAGAAGACUUAAUAUAGCUUUGGGUUCAGCUAGGGGAUUGGCUUAUCUACAUGAUCUCGCUAAACCUCCGAUAAUCCACAGGGAUGUCAAAUCGAGCAACAUCCUUUUGGAUGAUAACUUGACUGCCAAAGUUGCUGAUUUUGGUCUCUCAAUGUUGUUGUUGGACAGCGAUCGAGGCCACGUCUCUACUACCGUUAAGGGAACACUGGGUUACCUUGAUCCUGAAUACUUCAUGACCCAACAAUUGACAGCCAAAAGUGAUGUUUAUAGCUUUGGAGUCGUAAUGUUGGAGUUGAUCAGUUCUAGGAUGCCGAUAGCGAAGGGUAAAUACAUCGUUCGCGAGGUGAGGACACUACUGGACAAGAGUGAGAAAGAACUCUAUGGCCUAAAGGACAUAAUUGAUCCAGCUCUUGUUGAAGAUGGAUGUCUCAUUGGCUUCUGGAGGUUUGUGGAAUUGGCUUUGCAAUGCGUCGAAGACUCAUCAGACGAUCGUCCAACGAUGAACGAUAUAAUAAAGGAGAUCGAGAACAUACUGAAAGAUGAUGAACUGAAGGAGAAAUCAAAUUCAGCAUAUCCAUCUGCCACCUUCGUUGAACAUGCAAAUGGUGCUCCCAUUCAAGUUUACGAUGAGAUGCUCCUUAGUAGGGAAGUAAACACCAGAAGUGACACCACUCGCAGUGAUAGAUACAUGUACUCAGAGUGAAAAAACGAAAAACCACUAGCAGUAUCUGUAUUUUUACUGACUGUAAAUUGCAGUUCAAGGAUGAAUCACAUGUACUCGAAGAAGGUUAAGGGUUUGUACUGAUUUACAAUGGCAGUCGCAGCUAAUGUCGAAAAACAAGUCGAGAGGUAAUAAGAGCAAAUUAUGAAAAGAGCCAACUG